AUUCUGCUCGAGAUUGGCCAUUGUAUUUGUCUCGCCUUGAUGUGUUUGAACGUGGUUGGAUUGUUGCGGGCCCGCGCUCGACGUGCCUGCGUUUGUUGGAUUGGAUCGGAUUGGCGACUAUGUUUGCACCUUGGAGUAGCUUCUGACGCAACAUUCGCGGAUUUGCAGCAAGCUGUUGACUUUCCCCCUUCAAUAGCGACGUAAAGCUUGAGCCCUGUAGGUUGACGCCUCCAAUUUCCUGGGAGAGACUAGUAUUUUCCCUAACCGAAACGGAACACUGUUAUACACAAGAGGAUCUGUGACCUGAUCAACAACAGCAGAGUCUAGCUGCACGUCCCGGGACAGCCUAGACUAUGACAGGGCGAGUACUCUGAAAGACAAGUAUAUUCAUUUAGCAGAGACAAAAACAUUGGAUCAGAAUUUUCUCCUGGGUAUCCAGAAUGGUACACCCUACCACAUCAAUCAAGACCACAAAUUGAGAAAAUGGCCUGAUGAAGAAGGAGACUUGCAAGAUGAAAAUAACUACAUGACAGCACUGACUCUGACAUGAGCAUAUAUUCUUUCUAGUGUCUGGGCAGAAUCUCAGGAUGGUGGAAUGAUAUAUACGGAUGAGAAGGCGCCAGUCAUUUCAAUACAUAACCAUGUGGACAGUGAAAGUCUCACAGUAUGCAGAGAUGAAUCAGCAGCCCUGAGAUGGUGAGCAGCAGUUCUUGCUCCUGAGCAAGGUUGGACAGUCUCAAUAAGUGUGGACGUGGACAGUGUUGAAUAUCAAUCACCAUGAUCGUCCACCUUAACAGCAAAGUUGCAUUCACUGUUAGAGGACCCUCUAUACUCACCAAUGCAAAAUGCUCUGUGUCAUCUCAAGCCUUCACAUAUCUAUCAGACUUUUGCCACCGUCACAACCUUGAGAAUCAGGCCAAAGCAGGCCUCGGAGCAGCUCUAACAUUCCCAUCACCUCUACCAGCUUCAAUUCAUUUACAGCCAGUUCCAGACAAAACCAACAUCUCCCAACCACCAAAGCCAAGUCUUGAAGAUUCCUUCUCAUUGAUGACAAACCUGAUGACAAUAAGUUCAGCUGUUACCGGGUUGACUGCAACUCUUAAUGUGUAUACUCCGGAGCCUGUCAAUUGGAGGCUGGUGGCUAGCAAGCACAAUCACUGGCUUUUACUCAAAGAAGUUCGAAGUGGCACACCUUUUGUGAACUUGCCCUCGUGGUGGUGGACCCAAUUGCCCCAGUCUUACAUUUGCAUCCCAUGUCCAGAUCCCGUCGAUGAAACUAGAGCCUUCAUCUCCCACCAGAAAGAGACGACUUUGCUUGUCUGUCCCGAAAGACAUGGAACUACAUGCCACCUUGGAAGCCUCAUGGGAGAGUCAUAA